GGGUUGCCCUCGGCUCGGAAAGACGUCUCUGGGCACUGACCCCCCGACCCCAUUCGGGCUACCUGAGUCGAGAUGCUGAGGAGAUGGAAACCUCUGUCCUCCUCCCCCGGCGGGCGCUCCCUAGUGAGGGGGCCAGGGAAGUGAGGGCGUCCCCUUCCCUCUCCCGGGCAGGGGCGGGGGCAGAGCCUAGCUCACUGCUUCCCCCCGCCCCGGGGCUGGAGGGGAAGGGGAGGAACAGGGACCCCCCCCCAGGGGAGGGGCUCCGGGCCAACGCCGCGGGGCGUCUCCCUGGCAGUCCCUCCCCCCGCCCCCCGCCCGCCCCUCCGGCCGCCUCUGCCGCCGCGCGCCGCAGCAGCGCCGCCUUCCCUGCGCAGUCGGUGUCUCCGCGUCGCUGGGUGGGACUUGGCUUGGUGGCCAUGGGCAAGCAGAACAGCAAGCUGCGGCCAGAGAUGCUGCAGGACCUGCGGGAGAACACGGAGUUCUCGGAGUUGGAGCUGCAAGAGUGGUACAAGGGCUUCCUCAAGGACUGCCCCACGGGCAUCCUCAACGUGGACGAGUUCAAGAAGAUCUACGCUAACUUCUUCCCCUACGGUGACGCCUCCAAAUUUGCCGAGCACGUCUUCCGCACCUUUGACACCAACAGCGAUGGCACCAUUGACUUCCGGGAGUUCAUCAUCGCGCUGAGCGUGACCUCGCGUGGCCGCCUGGAGCAGAAGCUCAUGUGGGCCUUCAGCAUGUAUGACCUGGAUGGCAACGGCUACAUCAGCCGCGAGGAGAUGCUCGAGAUUGUGCAGGCCAUUUACAAGAUGGUUUCGUCCGUGAUGAAGAUGCCGGAGGACGAGUCGACCCCAGAAAAGAGGACCGAGAAAAUCUUCCGCCAAAUGGACACAAACAACGACGGCAAGCUGUCCCUGGAGGAGUUCAUCCGCGGGGCCAAAAGCGACCCGUCCAUCGUGCGUCUGCUGCAGUGCGACCCCAGCAGCGCCUCCCAGUUCUGAACGACAGGACCCAGGUUCCCCCUCCUCCCUGCCUUCACUGGCCCUCUCCCGGCUUCCUUUCCUUGUGUCUAUCCAGGCUGGGGGUCAGGCUGGUCGCAUCCCCCCCACCCCCUUGCCCACACCCCCCGCCCCCAGGGACUGCACUCUGGGGUCUAUGGAGAAGGCAACCCUACAGCAAGCAAGCGGUAAGCACCCUCAGUCCAAAAGGCAAUAUCUCCCUUAGGCAAUGAUUGAGACGCAGGCUCUGGCUGGGUCUGCCCUCCCUUACCCAGAGGGAACUUCAGCCAUUCUCCCCCGCCCCCACCCGCACCCCGACUCACACGCAGCCUCGAGCUCCUCCCCCAACCACCGGGCAAGCUCCCCCACCCCCACCCCGCCCUUGUAGCUCUCAGCCUGGGUGGAGGGCGGAAUCAUGCCCAGGUGAGGAGGCUGUCUUCAUUUGGAUAGGAGGAAGGAUUCCGGAGGUGUGGGGUUUGAGGAAAAAGCUUCCUUGAGUCGUCCUUUCCUGCAGGAGGGUCUCGACCCUUCCUGCUUCACAGCUCUUGUUGGCCUGGAGGCCAGGAUGCAAAAGGAACCCACCCCACUCAGUUCCAGGCUCCCAGCUGUGGGUCCCAUGAACCCCCACCUGCCUUUCAGCACUCGGAUGAACACAGACCCACAGAUCCCUCUGUAUAUUUUUCCUCUCUCAGAAAGACACACACACAGGCCCACGGAUGGGCAGACACAUCCAGAGCCCCAACCACAGCAUCCUGUGUGGGAAAGAAGCACAGGGCCCCUGGCCGAGUCCCCUCCCCUGCUGCAUGCAUCCACGUGGAGCAUCUCUGUUCUUUUUAAUAACUUCAGAAUAAAGUCUCAUUUCAGUGCA